AUGCUCGCUUCUACUACCUACCCUUCUUCUGACUCGUUCCAGCGCGAAAGAUCUCGAUCCCCUCGUCGCCGCUCCCGCAGCCCGCGCAGAAGCAGACGAUCCUACUCUCCUCAUAGCCGAUCCCGCAGCCGCGGCGAAGACUACCGACGCAGUGAACGCAGAUCUCGAAGUCCUAUGAGCGGUGCAGCCAACGCAUCUGGAGGAUAUUCAGGGUCAGGCUACGCCGGAAGAGGUGCUCCGCCACCACCAAGAUCAUUCGAGGAUCGAGCUGUUGCGAAAGAGCAAAUGAUGCAAUCAGUGCGCGAGUCCUCCCAACAGGACCGUCGUGUCUAUGUCGGCAACCUGGCCUACGAUGUCAAGUGGCAUCACCUCAAAGAUUUCAUGAGACAAGCUGGAGAAGUUCUCUUUGCUGAUGUCUUGCUACUUCCUAACGGAAUGUCGAAGGGAUGCGGUAUUGUGGAAUACGCUACUCGAGAGCAAGCUCAAAAUGCGAUUCAAACCCUCAGCAACCAGAGCCUGAUGGGUCGUCUCGUCUACGUCCGCGAAGACCGCGAAACUGAACCUCGAUUCACCGGUCCUCCCUCCCGCGGCGACUUUGGUGGCGGUUAUGGCGGCCGCGGCGGUUACGGUGGCCCAAUGGGAGGUGGCCCGAUGGGAGGUGCCAUGGGCGGUGGCUAUGGCGGUGGCCCGAUGGGAGGUGGGCAGCGUCAGCUCUACAUCUCCAACCUUCCUUUCAAUAUCGGUUGGCAGGACCUCAAAGAUCUCUUCCGUCAAGCAGCUCAGGAAGGAGGAGUGAUCCGCGCCGAUGUUCACAUGGACCAGACUGGUCGUCCCAAGGGAACCGGCAUAGUUGCCUUCGAGUCUCCUAACGAUGCGCGCAAUGCUAUCCAGCAGUUCAACGGAUACGACUGGCAAGGCAGAGCCCUCGAGGUUCGCGAAGACCGCUACGCUGGUGGAGGCAUGGGCUACGGCGGCCGCGGCGGAUUCGGAGGUGGAGGAUUUGGAGGUCGUGGAGGAUAUGGGGGAGGAUUCCGAGGUGGAUUCGGUGGUCGCGGUGGAGGAUUUGGCGGCGGAUUUGGCGGAGGACGUGGCGGAUUCGGUGGCGGAUACGGCGGCGGCGGCGGUGGCGGUGGUUACGGCGGCGGCGCUCCUCCUGCGGAACCUGUUGCUCCUAACCCAUUCACUGACUUCGCCACUGGCAACGGAGAGCGCUCUCAGUCGAUCUACGUGCGCAACCUGCCCUGGUCCACCAGCAACGAGGAUUUGGUCGAGCUCUUCACCACGAUCGGCAAAGUUGAACGAGCCGAGAUCCAGUACGAGCCCAACGGACGCUCCAAGGGCGCUGGUGUGGUCGAGUUCGACAGCCCCGAGAAUGCUGAAACCGCCAUCUCCAAGUUCAGCAACUACCAGUACGGCGGCCGUCCCCUUGGAUUGUCCUACGUUCGCUACACCAAUGCCAAUGGAGGGGAGGCCAUGGAAGACCAGGAGGCUACUGGCGGCAUGAGUCAGGAUCAGAUGAUGUGA